AAAUCUCACCGAAUAGAUCCCCGAGAACCUCUCCCCUUUUUUCAUUUCUUCAAGUAGGAACCUCUCCCUGUUCCCCCCCUGCUCUCAUGGCAGACCCCUCAGAGAAAGAUCAAAACCCUGCUGCUGAAGAGAAAAAAGAAGAAAAGGAACUCCAAGAGGCUGGCAAUGGAGGAGGAGAAGGAGAAACCGAUGACGAGAACGGAGAGGAAGAAGAGUACGAAGAAGAGGAGGAAGAGGAAGGAGCAAGGAAGGGCGGCGGCGGCCCUCCGUCGGAGAGGGAGAAGGUACAGAGCCUUUUCCGCCGGCUAUCGAGCGGUCCGGUGAGGCUCCGGGUCCACGAUGUGGUGAUCAGGGGGAACGCCAAGACCAAGGACUCCGUGAUCGAGGCCGAGGUGCUCGACGCCUUCCGGUCGGCGUCCACGAUGCAGGAGCUCCUCCAGGCCGCCGGCGUCGCCAACGAGCGGCUCCGCCAGCUGGAGGUCUUCGAUUCGGUCAGCAUCACGCUCGACGCGGGCCCUCCGGAGCUCCCGGGCACCUCCAAUGUCAUCAUCGACGUGGUGGAGGCCAAGCCACUCACCGGUGAUAUCGGCAUCUUCACCAAGCCGGAGGCCAGAUCUUGGUCACUUGAAGGAUCAGUUAAGUUGAAAAAUUUAUUUGGCUAUGGUGACAUUUGGGAUGCUUCCGGGGCUUAUGGCUGGGACCAAGCAUCAGAGAUAAGUGCUGGAUUGUCCUUGCCCAGACUCAAAGCAAUAUCGACUCCUCUUGUCGGUCGAGUUUCAUUACUUUCUCAAGAUUGGCUGAAGUUCUCAUCAUAUAAAGAACGUCUUUUGGGCCUUUCUUUUGGUCUGCUUUCCACUGCACGCCAUAACUUGGCUUACAAUCUUACAUGGCGUACCUUGACCGAUCCAACUGGCAUGGCAUCCAAAUCAGUAAGGAGGUUAUUAGGACAUAGUCUUCUCUCCUCAAUAAAAUACACGUAUAAGAUUGAUCGCAGAGAUUCACAUUUGAGACCAACUCGUGGAUAUGCUUUUCUCUCUAGUACUCAAGUUGGUGGUCUUGGACCAGAUAGUAAGAGUUUACGAUUUAUUCGGCAGGAGUUCGAUCUUCGAGGCGCUUUUCCCUUGGGAUUUUAUAAUUCUGCUCUUAAUGUUGGAGUUGCAGCAGGUGUCGUUCUGCCAUGGGGAAGGGGAUUUAUGGACUUGCCCUCACCAUUGCCUGAGCGAUUCUACGUUGGUGGUCAUUCUUCUCCUGUUUGCAACUUGAGUGGGCCUGCCUCAUUGUUAGGGUUCAGAAUAAGAGGAUUAGGCCCAACUGACUCACGAAGGUUUAUCCCCAGCAAAUCUGAUGAUUCCCCUACCUCUCCUGGAAGUGAUGUCCUGGGAGGUGACCUCGCAGUCACUGGCUUUGCUGAUCUUUCAUUUGACCUACCCAUAAAACUGUUCAGAGAGUCUGGAAUACAUGGUCAUGUAUUUGUCAAUGCUGGGAAUCUUGCUAAAUUAACAGAGAACAAAUUCAAAGAUUUUUCAUUUCGGAAGUUUGGGGAGUCAUUUAGGAGCUCUGCAGGUUUCGGCAUAAUAUUUCCCACAAAACUGUUCCGCAUGGAGAUAAACUACUGCUAUAUACUGAAACAGUUUGAGCAUGACCAUGGAAAGACUGGCAUACAGUUUAACUUCUCCUCUCCGUGAUACAAGCUUUCCUGCUGAAGAGAUUCUCUUUUCCCCGAUGGAAAAAAAAAAAAAAUUCUGUUGUAUUGACCAUCCUCUAAUUUCAAUGAGGAGCUAGAGAAAACAAAUGAGUUGAAAGGGAAUUUACCUACGUAUGGUGGGACAUGGUGGCUAUUCUCAUUUUCUUCAACCAUUCUCAAUGCUUUAAAUUUUCUGUGCUUCAUAUUUUGCCGUGGUUGUUGAGGAAUCAACACUAUAAUCCAAAGGUAAAUUUACCUGGUGAUCAUAAUACAAUUUGUCUUCCCUCAGGCUGCAA